AUGGCUGGCUCAGGCAAAACCACCUUCAUGCAGCGAAUAAACGCCCAUCUCCAUGCCCAAAGAGAUCCCCCUUAUGUCAUGAACCUCGACCCCGCAGUCCUAAAUGUCCCUUUCACGGCCAAUAUCGACAUUCGUGACUCAGUCAACUACAAAGAGGUCAUGAAAGCCUACAAUCUAGGCCCCAACGGCGGGAUCCUCACAUCUCUAAAUCUGUUCGCCACAAAGAUAGACCAGAUCCUUGCUCUCCUCGAGAAACGCGCACAAGGCGACCCCGAGAAGCCCACGGUAAAGCCCAUCAAGAAUAUAUUGGUAGAUACUCCUGGACAGAUUGAGGUUUUCGUGUGGAGUGCGUCUGGAAGCAUUCUUUUGGAUUCCCUGGCGUCGACAUUCCCUACAGUCAUCGCAUAUAUCAUAGAUACGCCCCGCACAGCUUCGACGAGUACAUUCAUGAGCAAUAUGCUGUACGCGUGCAGUAUCCUCUACAAAACGAAGUUGCCCAUGAUCCUGGUCUUCAACAAAACAGAUGUCAAAGACGCCGAGUUCGCCAAGGAGUGGAUGACGGACUUCGAAGCCUUCCAAGCUGCAUUAAAAGAAGAAGAGGAGAUGGGCAGCUUUGGGGGGCUUGAAGGUGGUUCUGGCGGGUUAGGUGGGGGAAGUGGUUAUAUGGGAUCCUUGCUGAACAGCAUGAGUUUAGUGCUGGAGGAGUUUUACAGUCAUCUGAGUGUGGUGGGGGUCAGUUCUAUGACCGGAGCAGGUGUUGACGAGUUCUUCAAAGCCGUGGAAGAGAAAGCGGAGGAGUUCAAUAGGGAUUAUAAACCCGAACUGGAGCGGAGAAGGAAACAGAGGGAGGAAGAAAAGGCUGCAAACAGGGAGAAAGAACUGGGAAGGCUCAUGAAGGAUAUGGCCGUCUCGGGCGAGCCUUCUUCAAGGAAGCCUGAGGAGAAACCCGAGAAACCUGACAUGGAUACCCUUAGUGAUAUGGAAUACGACUCAGAUGAGGAAGAAGACGAUGCUGGAAAGGAUGAGGAUGAUGCUGAUGGCCUGACGGCGAGGUAUAAGAAGGCCUUGGAAGAAUCCGGGGGAUCAGCGACCAACGAGGAUCAUAGCUUCACAAGAUAUCUCCGAGCUAGUCAGAUGAAUAUGUAA